GCCGCCCGUCAGUUGAUCCGUGUGCUCGUACGUGGCCGGUUGUGUUGACUCUCCGCAGUGCGCUCCCAGUGUGUGUGUGUGUGAUCGAUCAUCUCUUCCAUUGCUCUUCAUCUGAAACCAAGCACUGCACCAAGAUGCUGCAAAACGUUCUCCGCCAGGUGGUCCGCUCGGUGGGCUCGAUCGGUACGCGAUCGUUUGCCAGCAGCUCGUUCGGCACGGCCAAGAGUGCCACCUCGCCCCUCACCUACCUGAGCGAGGACGAGAUGGUGAUGAAGGAAACGGUCGCCAAGCUGGCCCAGGAACAGAUUGCCCCGCUGGUGAAGAAGAUGGACGAGGAGCACCAGUUCGAUCCGUCUGUCGUGCGCGCCCUGUUCGACAACGGGCUGAUGGGGAUUGAGGUGAGCGACGAGUACGGGGGCAGUGCGUGUAACUUCAUGACCACCAUGCUGGUGGUGGAGGAGCUGUCCAAGGUGUGCCCGGCGACGGCCGCCUUCGUCGACAUCCACAACACGCUCGUCAACUCGCUCAUGAUCAAGCUCGGCACGGCGGAACAGAAGAGCAAGUACCUGCCCAAGCUCAGCCAGGAGUACAGCGGUAGCUUCGCCCUGUCCGAACCGUCGGCCGGGUCGGAUGCGUUCUCGCUGAAAACCACCGCCAAGAAGGACGGCAACCACUACAUCCUAAACGGCACGAAGAUGUGGAUCUCCAACUCGGACCUGUCGGGUGUGUUCCUGAUCAUGGCGAACGCGAACCCUUCGGCCGGCUACCGUGGCAUCACGACGUUCAUCGUGGAGCGCGAGUACGAAGGUUUCACCGUGGGCAAGAAGGAAAGCAAGCUGGGCAUCUGUGCGUCCGGUACCUGCACGCUGCACAUGGACAAUGUGCGCGUGCCGGAGGAGAACAUUCUCGGCGAGUUCGGCAAGGGGUACCAGUACGCGGCCGGCUUCCUGAACGAGGGCCGCAUCGGUAUCGGGGCGCAGAUGAUUGGGCUGGCCCAGGGCUGCCUGGACGCGACCAUCCCGUACCUGCUGGAGCGCAAACAGUUCGGCUCGGAUCUGUACUCGUUCCAGAGCAUGCAGCAUCAGAUCGCGACGAUCGCGACCGAGAUCGAGGCGGCUCGGCUGCUGACGUACAAUGCGGCCAGGUUGCAGGAGGCCGGCGCACCCUUCCUGAAGCAGGCCGCCAUGGCCAAGUAUUACGCGUCCGAGGUGGCCCAGCGCACGACGGUGAAGUGUAUCGAUUGGAUGGGCGGCGUCGGCUUUACGAAGGAUUUCCCGCAGGAGAAGUUCUACCGCGAUUGUAAGAUCGGUGCGAUCUACGAGGGCACGACCAACAUGCAGCUCAGCACGAUCGCGAAGGUCAUGAAGAAGGAGUACCAAUCGUAAGGUGGUGAUGGUAGGAGAUGAUGAAGGAGGAAGAGGAGGAGGAAGGGGAGGAGGAGGAGGAAAGCUCUCAAGAGAAUGAUUACGCAACUAUGUUCGCGCGGCGCCUCCACCGCGGGAUGAACGGUGUGUGUGUGUGUUUGUGUGUGUGAGUGUAUGAUGAGGGUUGUCUUGCAAGACGAGAACAUUCCGGUUCCAGCACCGCAGGCACACUCCACACACAAACACAUAAAGAUGGUAAAAAAGGGAGCAUAUAAUAAUAGUAAAGUCCGAUAUCAAAUUUUGUCUUCCGCGUAUGAUACGCACACACACACACAGAAUGUACGCCGCGUGGAUUUGUGUGUGUGUGCGCACAAAGAUAAUGCGCAUAAUCUAGCAUAGAAAACAACACCCUGCUUGCUACUAUUAUCUGCACAAGGGCGUAAGGCAUUAUGUGGCCAUAGCGAACUACGAAAGUUUGUGAAAAAUUGUGAGAAAAAAAAUGCAUUUAUUAUGUUAAGAGCAAAGACAAACAACAGCACAGUACUAUUACGACUAUACGUAGAAAGAGAAAAGGUACACGUGGCGACUUUUUCGUGGGACGAAUGGACGGACACGGACACGACUGGGACUUGUAGGGCUAGGCAUUAAGGCAGUAUGUGAGCGAAGCAAUAUUUAGGCACACCAACAACGAAAUCCUGUAAAACAUUCCAAGAGUGUUACGAUUGAGCAGCAACUCUUUAAAUACAGCAUUACAAACAAAACAAAAAAACAACGCGAAAAUGAAGUUGCUAACAGAGGUUUGUAGCUUAUGUAUGGGGAAGAACCCGCUGCGGUUUAGUGGCGGCAUAAUAGUAUAAAGGCUGUUCCAUUCCGGCAUUACUUUCGAUUGCGAAGUAAAUAAAGUUGUCUGUCGAGAUAUAUAAAAAAGAGA